AUGCGCAGCAGAUAUACAGACAAGAGACGCAGGCGUGUUCCCUUCUUUCUUCCUCCACUCUCCCCCUUCCUUUAUGAACGUGAAGAGCCAGAUGAGGAUGAAGAAGAUGAAGAACCGGACCUAGAUCCCGAAGAGGAACCAGAUGAGGAACUAGAUGAAGAAGAAGAAUUCGAGGAAGAGGGUGAGGACGAAGAGGACCGA